GUGAGGGGAGUUUCCCUGCCGUUGACAGCCGAUCUGACUGUAGCACUCACAGCUAGCCUGCCAGCUAGCAAGCUAGCUCCACAACAUUAACUGGUCACAUCUAAACGCAACCUAACACCAUUUUCAGCACAAAGCCACCAUGGACUUAAACAGCAUCUUGUCUCAGCUUGAAAAUACCAACGAGGAGGAAACCAAUAAUCUUCUUCAGCAGUAUAAUCGAGAGAACAGCCUCACCUUUAACUUUGAGAAAAAGGAAGAAACCCUGCGUAGUAAACUGUGUCAGAGUGUGCUGACAGCACUUGGGAGGCAGGUACAGCCCAGCUGUCAGAGGACUUGUCUAGAGACACUCCGCAUCCUGUCCAGAGACAAACAUGUCCUCUCACCUGUAGCCACCAGGGAGGGUAUGCUGAUCCUGGGGCGAAUGGCUAGACUGCACACCGGAGAGGAGGGGGACGACAAUCAGAAAAAUUGUCAGGAAGACACCCAGACAGAGGAGGAGGAGAGGGUGGUUGUGGAGGCUUUAAAGUGCCUAUGCAAUGUGGUUUUCAACAGUCCUGCAGCUCAGCAGGUCAGCGUAGACGUGCAGCUGGCCCAUGGCCUUUGCAAGAGUCUGCAUACAGCCAGCACAUGGAACCACGAAGUCGGCCUGUUCACGCUGCGCCUUCUUUUCCUGCUCUCUGCCCUGAGACCUGAUUUGAGAGGGGUUUUAAGGAGAGAGUGCCAUGCUGUGAAACUCCUCACAGAGGUGCUGGAGCACACCUUGGACGUGCGCUGGGUUGGUCCAUAUGAAGCGGCCCCGCCAGACCCUCAGGCCCUACCCUUGCCUGCAGAGGAUAAUGAGCGGGCGAUGGAGGCACUCAAAGCUGCAUUCAACCUCACGCUAUCAUGCACUCGUGGUGAGGAGGAUGACCACCAGUUUCGACUCAUAGUUGCCAUCUUGCGUCACCUUCUGAUGCAGAAGACCGAGACAGAGGAGAAAACAGAGGAAGCACACAGCCAUGCUGUCAACCUGCUGAAUAACUUGCCUGUGCCGUGCCUGGACGUGCUGAUUGACCUUCCUGUCCAGGGAGGACAAGAGAAAUAUGGAGGAAAAAACCUGGAUGCAGUUCAGGUGUUACUAGACUUCAUGGAGAAAAGGAUUGACAAGCAGGGCUCCAACUACAAAGAGGGUUUGACUCCGGUGCUCAGCCUAAUGACUGAAGGAUCUAGACACCACAGGGAGAUCCGCAGAUAUAUCAAAGCUCAGGUACUCCCUCCGCUGAAGGAUGUGAAGAACAGACCAGAGAUUGGUAGCACUGUCAGAAACAAACUGGUUCGCCUUAUGACACAUGUGGAUAUGGGAGUGAAGCAGACGGCUGCAGAGUUUCUCUUUGUCUUGUGUAAAGAAAGCGUGGACAACCUGUUGAAGUACACAGGAUAUGGAAACGCAGCAGGACUCUUGGUGGCUCGUGGACUUCUUGCUGGAGGGAGAGGAGAGACUCAGUACUCUGAGGAUGAAGACUCGGACACUGAGGAGUACAAAACUGCAAAACCUUUCAUUAACCCCAUCACUGGUCACGUUGAGGAGCCGAUGCCAAACCCAAUUGAAGAGAUGACAGAGGAACAGAAGGAGUAUGAAGCAAAUAUACUCGCCAAUAUGUUUGACAAGUUAACAAGGCAGAACGUCAUCCGACCGAUGGGAGUCCGACCGGAUGGGACGUUGGCACCUCUUGAGGAGACUCUAACUGAUCCGCAUGUGAAUGACUCGGGAUCAGACUCUGACUAGUGCACUGAACAUCCAGGCUGAGCUCACCAGGUCCUACAAUACCUAAAGCUGUGUCCCAAUUCAAGGAGCUGAUUCUCAGUCUAAAGGAGCGAUCUUCAGAGGAUUCACACUUCGACUGAUAAAUUGCACACUAUUGACUUAAAUAAUUAAAUUGAUAUCAGUACAAAGUGUGGAUCUGAAAACUAUAGGAUUUUUUUUUUCAACUUGUAUCAACAGUAAGGUGCCCUUGCUUGUGACUGGAACAAGUUUUGUGGUUUAAAAUGACUUUUUCUUGUGACUAAUCAAAUGAGGAAAAUACAGCACAUCCGGCAGAUAACCCAUAAUUUUAGAGGUUGUGUAUCAAUACUUCGAUAAUCAAGUUAGAUUCUGCCUCACUUAUCACACCCUCCUGGGUAAGUCUCAUUUAAAUCAUACAUUCUCCAACCACUGAUUACUCCUUGUAUGAAAAUUUAAAAUCAGGUUAAUAAAGUAAAUAAAGCAA